GGACGGAGCGCUCUCAUUCGCAAGAUAUUCCAUCCUUCGUAUGUUACUUCGAAAAAUGAUUGGAAAGGCGAUCCCUUUGUUCAUUGCGCGAUGCGGUUUAUUGGUUCUCCAGAUCAAACCAUCAUACAUGUCGUUAACGCCAGAUCGGACGCGGUUGAUCAAGAGGAAACAGAUCACUGGCUUUUCACUCAUGAGCUCUUUCAAAAUGAGGAUGAUUUUAGAUCACAUGAACUACUCCGGCCUUCUUAUGAUCACGACCUCCAAGACCUCCCAAUUGCUAGCAGCAAUGUUUUCGACGAAAUCUUUAUGCCUGAUGGCCACGGAUCUCCUGGCGUUACACCCAAGCGAAAAGCGAAUGCGCUGAUAUCACAACAGACCGACAUUGAAACUUCAUCAUCGCGAAAAAGAAAGGUUAUUUCGG